CCAACCACACGCCUUUAAUAUCAUAACAUUCAUCUCCCUAGCGCCUCUCGACUUUCUCUUAAAUAUAUUCAUUAUUAUACAUUUAUUUAUUGUCCUCCCACAUGUUUUGAUCCACCUAGCUCUCUCUAAAUCUUGAACAAUAUUCUCUACUCUUAAAAGGGUUUGUUGUUUGAACUAUUUUCUCAAUUGGGUCUCUUUCAUUUCUUCCCCAAGAUGAAGGUCUCUGUGGUUUCACGCAGUGGUAGAGAAGUUAUCAAAGGAGGCCUCGAACUUAACGAUUCGGCUACCGUAGCUGAUUUGCAGGAGGCCAUUUAUAAGCGAACCAAAAAGUUUUACCCUUCUAGACAGCGGCUAACUCUCCCUCUCCCACUGGGAUCAAAGGAGAGACCUACUGUCCUCAAUUCCAAGAAGAGUCUAAAAGACUACUGCGAUGCAAACUCAAGCAACUUGACUGUAGUGUUCAAGGACCUGGGCCCGCAAGUUUCUUAUCGUACACUUUUCUUCUUUGAAUACUUGGGUCCUUUGAUCCUCUAUCCUGUUUUUUACUACUUCCCUGUGUACCAAUUCUUUGGCUACAAAGGGGAGCGUGUUAUCCACCCAGUUCAGACAUAUGCUUUAUACUACUGGUGUUUCCACUACUUCAAGCGAAUUAUGGAAACUUUCUUUGUGCACCGCUUCAGCCAUGCAACCUCACCACUUUCCAAUGUGUUUCGCAAUUGCGCAUACUAUUGGACCUUUGGUUGUUACAUUGCUUACUAUGUAAAUCACCCGCUUUACACCCCUGUUAGUGACCUUCAAAUGAAGAUCGGUUUUGGGUUUGGAUUGCUUUGUCAGGUCGCAAACUUUUAUUGCCAUAUCUUGCUGAAGAAUUUGCGCAGCCCUAGUGGCAGUGGAGGAUAUCAAAUCCCUCGUGGUUUUCUGUUCAAUAUUGUGACAUGUGCAAAUUACACAACAGAAAUUUAUCAGUGGUUGGGUUUCAAUAUCGCAACACAGACUGUUGCAGGUUACGUCUUUCUUGUGGUUGCUGCUGCUAUCAUGACUAAUUGGGCCCUUGCAAAGCAUCAUCGCUUGAAGAAGCUAUUUGAUGGGAAGGACGGAAGGCCCAAAUAUCCACGCCGAUGGGUCAUAUUGCCCCCAUUCCUGUAGAAUUAAACAAGCAUGUUUAUUGUUGGUUAACUAUUGGAUUCAACAACUAGAAUGCUCGUCAGAUACGAAUUAGAGAUGGCGUAUUCACAUAGUUUCACACUAUUGGAUCUAGUCCUUCAUUUAGACAUUGUAAUUCAUUUAAAGUUCAUGAUUUGUCAUCUAAAUCUAGUAACUCUGCAAUUGAUCUGAACCUUGUUCGUUUUAACGAUUUCUUGACUCUUUGGUGUGCCAUUACUUUCUUGUUCUUUCUUUGUUA